AUCCAAUCCACUAACCCAGCUCCGUUCAGUUACUACGCGACUUCGAGAGGGGACACUUGUCUACCUACUUGCCUCUACUUAACCAGCGACCAAAGUUGGAUGAUAUUUGAGAAGUUGGUACGGAGUUUUAAGAAGUAUGGUGUAAGUAGAGCCUUUAAAAAGUGGCGUGAAGUUGUGUCGUGAGAGGGAUUUCUUUCAAGACCCAGGCAGAAUCACCGUUGAAGUAAGGUACAAUUGUAGAAUUCACCUGAAGAAGGUUUCUUGAAGUUGUCAAGCAUGUGAGAGUUGCAUAGGGUCGCCUAAAGACCGCGUGUAUGCUACCCCCACUCCGCAUGUCCGGCCGUCAUCCAUCAUGGUGAGUGACGUCACGCAGCGGUAUUGGUCGACGGCGCGUCACGUGGCGUGGUGAUCGAGCUUGAGGGGCGUGCACGUAGCGCCGCCGGAGCGAGACAGCUAGGGAGCGCGCUGUGGUAGGGGAACAGAAAAAAGCGAGUUGAAUGCAACAACGUAGUGCGUCCCGAGUCCCCUCAUAGAAGAGCCGACCGGGGAAAAUUAAUGAUCAUGAGUUCGUUCCUGAUGAAUCCUAGCGCGUUGCCUUCGAGUUAUCAGCACCAUCAUCAGCCGCAGCAUCACAUGGUGGUCGAUCCGAAGUUCCCGCCAAGUGAGGAGUACAGUCAGAGCAGUUACAUACCCUCGCCGGCAGCAACCGCGGAAAAUUUUUUCGGGAAUCAUCACCUGAAUCAGCCAACUGCCCAGCAUCAUCUACAAUAUGGCGGAUACCACAACCACCAUGCUCAAGCCACGGCGUACGGAUCCACGGGAAUGCCUUUGGGGAACUCGCCCACGUACGGAGGCUACGGUAACUAUUACCAUCACCAACUGCAUCAUACGCCCGCUCUGCACACGCAUCAGAUCAGGCCGUCCCUGCACGAGUCUCAGCAGCCCCUAGUGAACUGCCAACAGCCCCCAGUGACUACCUCCGCGAACAUUCUGCAGAACUUGGCGGACAUUGCGCCAAAUGUGUCUCAACCGAGUGACGUGAACUCUAGUGUGUGCAGCCCCGCUUCCGUGGGACAGGGACAAGAGUCCCGGGGGUCUCCUCCAGGACAUUCCCUGCAGGAGUUGGGGAUCCGACUGGAGGAUGGAGCGUCGGAUGAACAGGACGAGCUGGACGACCAUGGAAGCUCGACGAAUAACGACGAGGAAGAAGAUGAGGACGAGAAUGGGGAAAGACCCAUUUACCCCUGGAUGAAGAAGGUGCAUGUUGCAGGAGCCUUUUCCAAUUCGCUUGAAAUACCAGCUAAUGGAACUACGGGAGCCUUCGCUCCUGGUAUGGAACCCAAACGGCAACGCACAGCCUACACCCGACACCAAAUUCUAGAACUAGAAAAGGAAUUCUACACGAACAGGUACCUGACACGGCGGAAACGGAUAGAAAUAGCCCACAAUCUGGUACUGUCCGAAAGACAAAUCAAGAUCUGGUUCCAGAACAGAAGGAUGAAGUGGAAAAAAGACAACAAGCUGCCCAAUACGAAAAACGUGAGGAGAAAGACGAACCCUGCGGGAGUGACAACGACGGCGACAGGAGCGACCACGGGAAAUGGUGGCGGGAAGAUGGGGAAAGGAAGGGGGAAGGCGCAGAGUACGUCGCCGCCUAAUAAUAACGAUAAAAGGAAGAAUAACAAUACGAGGGACCUAGAAGGCCUCGGUGAGACCAUGGUGGACAUGUCCCUAACAUCGCUGCCCGCGUCGAUGGCCGCCCAUUCGCACGCGCACCCCAUGCCACCCAGUGGCGCCUCCCUCCAUCCCCCACCCGGUAUUCUGCACCCCACCAACCCCGGCAUGCACAUAGGCGGAGGCAUGGGGGGACCCAACAUGGGUCCCUCUUUAACGCCGCUGUCCGCCACGUCACCUCCAGGGUGCCCAGGAGGGGCAGCACCCCCUCCAUCGCUUAUGCAGUCACCUGUCAUCAAAUCCGACUAUGACCUGACAGCGCUCUAAGGGUUGGUGUUUUGGGAUGCGCAGGUACCAUCAUUUUGAUUGAUUGUCCUAAUUUAUGAAUUUAUAUGAAAAUACAUACAUAUAGAUUUCAACCUCACCUCGCACGCAAACGGGAGUGAGCAGAGAAGUGACCUUGAGGAAGUGUUUGAUCUUGAUCAUUGCAAAUUAUUUCAAACUUACAAUUAAUAGAAUGUCUGAAAUGGUACAUAACGGAAUUUGAAAUGCCUUAACUCUACGAAGCUGACAUCGGUUUUCAAGUUGAAGAAGCAUUUGCUUGCUAGCACCAUUAAGUACCUAUAGGAAUCUUGAACAAUAUAAUGAACCUUGCAUCAUGAUGUUUACACUAAUCUUAAAUGGUGAAAUAUCCUUCAAGUUCAUGUUCAUUAUAUGGGUCAAAGGCUUACGUAAGCCUAUAACCGAUAAUCCGUUACUAAUUACAAAAAUCAAUCAAUGGUCACUUACUGUAAAAAAAUUAGCUUAGCAUAACCUUCAGAUGACCUUCACGUUAUGGUCAAGGGUAAAGUCAAGGUCCCGUUUCUGUUUCUCAACAACCGUGAUUAAGUCAACUUUAGCAUACUCCCGUCAGCUGCACCUAGGUGAAGUUUUAAAUACAGGGUGUUCUGAGAGUCAGGUCCUCCCUUCUCAGGAACAGCUACGCUGACAAGAAAGAUAAUGAGUGGUAAAUCAGCAACGUAAAACAAAAUUUAAAGAGGGUACUCACCGCAAUUUCGAGAAUUGUAAUGCCAGGCUAUUAGUCUCAGCAGCAUCUUGAAAAUACUCUGACUAAACUAACACUAUAUCCAAAAAACUCGUUAUUGCUAUUUUUUUCAAAUUUGAUUAGUAAAUAAACACGACUGUUUACCAACAGAUACGAGAUUUAUCUAGAAUACUGACGCGCAUCGUAUCUUUUCAUUUAAGAAUUCGCUAGAUUUGAUUUCUUUACAAAAACUCCGAACUUUGAGAACGUCCUGUAUAAAUCUGGUAAUGGUUUGUGUAUGCAGAAAUAAAUCGAAACUGAAAGAUGACUGAAUUGAAGAGGCGUUUGGAAUAGCAACAUAUCCAGCAAUUUAUUUUGAAAAUGAAUUUGGUAAAACAGAUAUUUGUUUUUAGAGAAUAUAGUACAGUAAGGUGAGAUUGUUGCAAUCAUUUCCAUAUCACAAAAUAUCGGAUUAUCGAAACCCGUAGCAUCAAGCCAGAUCGUCAAGCAAGUAACUCAUAGAAAAUCGUGGUUGGUCAAUUGGAAGUAUGGCUUAUGACUAAGCUUGGAGUUGAUUAUGCUGUUUACCAAGGAAUUCUUAGUGCAAAAUUGCUAAAAAACGUUGAGUUGUCGAUGACGAUAAAUGCAAGCAUGAUUCAUGAUGGUGAUUAUAGCUCGUCUUGUUUAUUAGUGCUCAACAUAUUCCCUCUCCAUUUCAGCCUACAUCUACGUCAAUAAAUAGCUAAAAAAGUGAUAUUCCAUCAAAGUUCUUCAAUUCACUCCACUUUUAUUUGAAAAAAAAGGACAUUAGUGGAAUUACUAUGGAAUACCGACAAUAUGAAACAUUGUACAUUGUGAAGAACGACGAUUUAUUUUUAGUGAUUAAGGGGAAAAGACAAAGGUUAAUUUAGGUUCAAGCGAGAAUGUUCCAAACCAAGGAUUUUAUCGUUGUCCAAUCAUUUUUAUGGUGUUUGUAUAGAUUUAUUAUGUCGCCGUUAAGUCAAUACAUUUGCAGAGAGUUUUAUUUUGUACAUGAGCAAUUUAUUGAAGAAUUACUAACAACCAAUGUUUCACAAUUGGAGAACUUCCUUCAGACACUUACCUGCAAAUACACUUGCACACUAUCUAUCCAGCUUUAAGUUUUGGUUAGUUACAGUAUUAGAUGUCGCAGAAUUUAGUGGUGAAAUUCCGCUAAACCUGCAGGUUUGUAAUUUAAGGCUAAUUGCAUAAUCGUUUUUUGAAGACGUCUUAUUUGCAAUGAUAAUUUUAACAUCAGUGAGUUGCCAAAUAUUCUUGCAAAUAUCUUUAUUGAGGAAGAUCUUAACCUUUUAUACUGAAGUUUGGCGUCUUCUUAUCUGGCCUUGCAUAUUCGCUAGCCUUAAGGCUUCCUUAUUCCAUUACCCUCUCUGAGAAACCCACUGGUUUACUCAUUUCUAUAUCGGUAGAAAAGCUUUAGUUGUUUUUGGAAAAAGUGAAUUUGCGAAAGCAGGUUAUCGACAAUCAGUUUGACACGAUGCAGAAUUUAUUUUCCGUAGGCAAAAUAGUCAAAAUUAUGUGCUUUCUUAAAGCAUUUUAACAAUGCGUCUUCAACAGACGAUUAUGCUUUGAGGCUCGUUUAUUUUUGUUAUCAGCCUACUCACUGAUAUUUGCUUGUCUGAUGAUACUCAUUCAUUUGACAGGAAAUCACUAGGGUAUCCUUCCUUCUAGUUUCUUUAUCAGUAAAUAAAAAAAUGUAGCUUCAUCCUACAAUUUCGGUACAACUGCUUUAUGAAUCUAUCAGAAUAUAUGUAUAUAAAUUGCACAGUUGUAUAUAAUGACAAAUCCUAUUCGCAAUCUCAAUGAAGUUUGCAUGAACUCCAGUUUACAACAUUGGUUUGUAGUACACAGUGCCAUCCUACAUUAGUAGUUGUUUUAUUGUUACCUACGUUUUGUUAUGUUCAACCUAGAAUACAUGUCUUAAAUUGCCACGUAACUUAUACUUUCUGCUUAAACUCACUCACACUAUAUAUUUCAUUGUACCGCAUACACACAUCUCUCAGGGUAAAUUAUGUUUUUUUUGUACAUUAGCUUCUGUAUACAGAUUAUACACGUAUUUUGUUAUUUUCUGGACGCUAAAUGGAUUACUGAACUUUUAUAUAGAGCUACUUUACUUCUCGAUAUUGUGCAUGUAUUUUUAAGGUUAUUAAACCCAGUGUGAUCUUAUAAGUUAUGUAGAGAUAGAUAUUGUACAUACAAAUAUUAGGAAUAAAGGAUGUAUACUUCUGCAAAA